AUGCUCGUCGUCCUUCAUACUCGAAUUCCUCGUACCCCCGAGGAACUUGUUGUUGAUGUCUUUGAGGAGGAUCUAAAUUUCCUUCAGAAUCUUCAUGAGGCAGAUAAAAUGGAGCUUCUUUCUGAUGUUACCUUUUAUAACUAUUGGGUGGCCUCCUUAUUUUCUCUUGUUACUAGUAGUCAGAGUUACAUCCUAGCCAUGGGUAAUCCUUCUAAAGAUAGGUAUACCUGGAAGGAAAAAUGUGAAGCUAUAAAGGUGAGAUGUUCCAAGUUUCAAAAAAAGGUGAGCUUUCUUCAGGAAAAGAUGUAUUGUGUUGAGAUUUUCUAG